CCGGCGCGCUGAGCGGGGUGGCUCGGCUGCCGCUGAGAUGUCGGUGCUGAGGCCGAUGGACAAGCUGCCCGACCUGAACCGGGCCACCAUCUUGCUGGUGGGCCAGGAGGAUGCGCUUCUGCAGCGGCUGGCGGAGUCGAUGCUCAAAGAGCGCUGUGCAUCCGAGCUGAGGGUCCACUUGGCCAACUCUCUCCCUCUGCCCUCCAGUGUGCACCGGCCCCGAAUUGACCUGAUUGUGUUUGUGAUUAACCUGCAUAGCAAACACAGCCUCCAGAACGUGGAGGAGUGUCUGAACCAUGUGGACAGCAGCUUCUUCCUGGGGAAAGUAUGCUUCCUUGUCACAGGGGGUGGAAAGCUUUCGGGCUACCGCGGCACAGCGCCUGGUACGCAUGCUGCAGAUCUGCGCUGGCCACGUGCCAGGGAUCUCGGCGCUGAACCUGCUGUCCUUGUUGAGGAGCUCCAGCAGCCCCGCGCCCAAGGAGCUGUGAGCGGUUCUGCUGCCCUCCCCACAUUUGGCUCCAGCUCCAGAAGCAGUCACUGUUGGUGAAGACCAGUCAGGGCCUGACAGGCCCGGGAGGCAGCCUGCCGACUGCAGGCCUGAGCUCUGCUCCACCAAGGAGUGCCGGGCAGGAGUGGGGAGGGCGCCCAGCGGUUGAACCCCCAUGCUUCCCGGCUUACCACAAAGGCCUGUAUCUUCAUCUUCACCUGUCUGACGGGAUACAUCCACCUAAGGUUUCUUUGGAACAAAGAGCCAUGGCUAAAAAAAACCCUAAAAAUCUGCCUCACCCACCAUUUGACUUUGUAAAUGAGGAGACUGACUCAGUACAAUUAAAGGGAGCAGAGCGUGGCUUCCAGGAGCCCAGUGAAAUGUCACGCGUCGGCCCUUCACUGACAGCCUGGCUGUUGCUCCUGGGAAGCCGUUUUCCUGGUGUAAAUGGAGAUGGUUCUCCUCCUGUCGUGUUGACAAGAUUGAAUGAAA